UUGGGCUAUCUUUUACUUCUCUCUCUCUCUCUAACUUCUACUGUGUUGUUUGCUCUGCAUGCACACGCUUUCUCUCUCUAAUUCACUCUCGUAGUUUCUCGCUCUAAAUUUAAACAAAAAAAUAUACUGCUUAAUCGAUCUGUAUCGUUACCCUUCUUUAGGAUUAUCCCCUACCGAGAAUCACCGACCGCCGCCGUUUUUAACUGCCUUUGACCCGUGAGAUUCGGUUCAGAUUUCAUGCAAUAGCAGAGAGAUGGAUUGUUGAUGGGGGUUGUUUUUGGUCUGCGUGGACGUUGCAUUCGAUAGAUUGAGCAGGGGUGAGCUGUAAAGUGUUGUUAAUGUUUGAUUAUUGCUGUGUUGAGGGAUUGGAUAGAGGAUUUUUGGUUGUUGAUCUGGGUUAGAGAUUUGUUGAUUGGGAUUUAGGGUUUUGAUUUGAUUUGAGGAGUUUUGAGGUUUGGAGUAUUGAUUGGAGGUGUUUUUGGGGGUUGGGAGGUUUGAUUUUGGGGAGAGGAAUGGGGUCAAAGUUUUGCAUGAACGAGCUGUGUCGUGCGACGACGUCGUCUGAAUGGAAGAAAGGUUGGGGCUUGAAAUCAGGUGGAUUUGCAACGCUGUGUUCCAACUGCGGAUCUGCUUAUGAACAUCUUGCUUUCUGUGACAUGUUUCACAUGAACGAUUCUGGUUGGAGGGAAUGCAGAAUGUGUGGAAAGCGUAUUCAUUGUGGGUGCAUUGCUUCAAGAUAUUUGUACGACUACAUGGAUUUUGGAGGCAUAGGGUGUAUAAGCUGUGCAAGGCGUUUGGGAGGGCAUGCCUUGAGACCGAUACAGACACCUAAUGAUGAUAUACCUAAUGGAACCUUGACUAUGAACAAAAUUGGAGAUACACAGCGCGUUGAUACUGAAAAUAGAAUGGAUGAAAAUGAUUUUGACAAGGGAAGGCUUCUGCACUUAAGUAGGACUAUGGAGGCACACAAGCCUGGACAACUCUUUCAAUCCCAAAACAAUGGAAAAAUUAAACAAGAAGCCGCAGUUCCCAUUAGAGAAGUUGCAUGCUUGCCAAAUCUCAACCAGCAGUCUGUAGAGACAUCCAUAUUUGGCAAAACAGACAUCAACAUCCCAAAACAAGGUGUUAAAGAUACAUAUGAAUCUAUCAAUCAGACACCAAUGAAUUUCUCUUUGAGCACCCCUGUGGGUACGUCAAGUUCUGCCCUGCAUAUUCUUGCUGGGAUUGUUGAAGGAAGGGAACAGAACAAGGUUUCUCCAUUUCAACAAGGGCAGAAAGCACACCAUAUUUUGCCCAAGCCAGUCAAAGCUGCCCAUAGUUCGGGCUCUGAACCAAAAAAAGGAAUGACUACUCCAAAUCGUAUUGCAAGACCUCCUGGUGAAGGGCGUGGUGGGAGGAAUCAGUUACUGCCUAGAUAUUGGCCUAGGAUAACAGACCAAGAGCUACAGAAGUUAUCCGGAGACUUGAAGUCCAACAUUGUACCAUUGUUUGAGAAGGUUCUGAGUGCUAGUGAUGCUGGUCGAAUAGGUCGCCUAGUCCUCCCCAAAGCAUGUGCUGAAGCAUAUUUUCCUGCUAUUAACCAUUCAGAAGGUAUAGCUAUACGAGUUCAGGAUAUAAAGGGGCAGGAAUGGACAUUUCAGUUCAGAUUUUGGCCCAAUAACAACAGCAGGAUGUAUGUUCUAGAGGGCGUUACCCCUUGUAUACAGAGCAUGCAAUUGCAAGCUGGUGAUACUGUUACAUUUAGUCGAAUAGAUCCAGGGGGAAAAUUAGUCAUGGGUUUUCGGAAGGCAACAAAUAAUGCUGAUGCACAGGAUUCUCCAAAUCCAACCCUUCCCAAUGGUGGCAGUUGUACAGAAAUUCAAGUUUCUGGUGCCACCGACAAUGACAUGAAGAACGAAAUCAAGGCAAUUGACGAUCCCUUGCCAAGACCUGUAUCUAUUCCUGAGAAGAAGAAGACACGGAACAUAGGGUCCAAAAAUAAGAGGCUCCUGAUGCAAGCAAAAGAUGCAUUAGAACUUAAGAUCACAUGGGAAGAAGCACAGGACUUGCUCCGUCCUCCUCCAUCUGUGAAGCCAACUAUUGUUGUGAUUGAGGAAUUUGAAUUUGAAGAAUACGAAGAACCGCCGGUUUUUGGAAAGAGGACAAUAUUCACCGCUCGACCAUCAGGGGAGCAGGACCAAUGGGCUCAAUGUGACAGUUGCUCCAAAUGGCGCCGGUUGCCUAUGCAUGCUCUCCUUCCACCCAAGUGGACAUGUUUGGAUAAUAUUUGGGAUGCAAACAGAUGUUCGUGUUCUGCUCCAGAUGAGUUAAGCCCAAAAGAACUGGAUGCAUUCUUGAGAGAUAACAUGGAUUCCAAGAGGCGGAGAAUCACGGAGAACGGGCAUGAUUGUGAACCUUCUGGGUUGGAUGCAUUGGCCACUGUUGCGGUACUAGGAGACAACAUUGGUGAUUUAGGUGAGCCUUCGGCUGGAGUGGGAGCCACGACAAAACAUCCUCGACAUCGCCCUGGUUGUUCUUGCAUUGUUUGCAUCCAACCCCCGAGCGGGAAGGGCAAGCAUCUCCCAUCGUGCAAAUGUAACGUUUGUUUGACUGUGAGGCGUCGGUUUAAAACACUCAUGCUGCGCAAGAAGAAAAAACAGUCGGAACGCGAAGCCGAACUUGGCGGCCAAGGGAACGAAGAGCCUCCGAGAGAUGGAUCAGAAAUCGAAGGCGCAAGUGGACUAGCGUUGAUACAAAUGAACCAUUCAGAAAACGACAGCAACCCAAAUGGAGACAACGAUCCUAUCGAGGAUGCCGGGACCAGCAAGGGACAGCUGGACCUGAACUGUGACCCCAACCGCGAAGAGGACAUGCUGGCAUUGAUACCUUUUGACGACCCCGCAGCUAACCUUCCUAUUGAGACAUCACGCCCAGUGCAGAACGAUCUAGAAACCCUGCGUGACUGUUUGCUCGCUCAAGCUGCCAGGGAAGACGAAGGGAAUUGUGCUGAUGAUACGCAAAUCGGAUCCUCAGAUUCCAAGCAAGAAAACAACAGGGAAAACGGUGCACAAUUUCUCGAUUAACCUUUCCUUAAAACUAUAUUUUUUGGGUAUUUAUUUUGCUGGGCUUUUAUAGAUUGUCUGUCAAUCAUCACCCCAUAGUUUAUACUGUAAACAUCUCUUAGUAAGCGGCAUCUGUUCUGCUCCCUCCAUUUCACCAUCUGUAUUCAGAGAGAAAUCUGCAACAUCUCAGAGAGAAAACAAAGCGCAGAUUGCCCGCUUGAAACUGUAAAUUCAUUUAUUUGUUUGUUUGUUUCCUAGGAUGCAUACAGAAGUAUUUUUGCAAUUUGUGUGCCUGGUUUUGUGUA